AUGAUCAAGAAAUUAUACAUGGAUGAAGACCGGAGCCUCCACGAUGUUAUGGAAAUCAUGAAGAGGGACUUCGGCUUUGAUGCAACAGCAAAAAUGUACAAAAGCAGACUCAAGGCAUGGGGGUGUAGAAAGAACAUCAAGCUCAGAAACGGCGAAGAUGAAUCCGUCAUCCAGCUCCUACACAACACUCCCCAAGAUUCUACACAACCCGGGAUCACAAGACGAGAUAUCCGCUUGCGCAAUGGCCAGCUUGUCUCGAAAGACCGCUUGGUCACAUAUCUACGGCGUCGGGGAGAAGGAAAGGCCCCCGACAACGGGACAUUGACAAUCCGGGCCGUCAAAUCCCCCGACACUAUUUACGUAUGCGAGGGUGUGCUCUUCCAGGUCCGCACCUACAUAUGCGGUCCGUGGGUAGAGAGUGUUACAACCGCGGAACGUCUCGGCCUUUUACGGCAGGAGUGCGCAGACAACGAGGAAUGGAACGCCCUAGCCCGCGGCGUCAGGUGCGCCCUCGAACAGAAGAAGCUCGACGACGCCCUGGUCCUGAUGCGCCGGGCCCCAGGUAUUCUGGCCAACCUGAUCGAGCGGCGACCGGCCAACCUACUGCAGGUUCUCUUCAUGUCUCUGGCGUACUUUACUUCCGGGGGCCUCCUCGAACGACCCCAGGCCGAGCAGCUCUUGGUCGUUGUCAAAUGCCUCAUCAAAUACGCCGCGGUAUUUACUGUCAACGAGCAAGGGCUGCCUAGCAGCCACCCCAUCCACCAGAUGCUUUACAUGCUCGCCAACGCAGACGAGCAGGACAUUUACCAGUUGACGAAGAAGGCUUGGCUAAUCAACUGCCAGUCAUGGGAUGGUGUCAUGGACCGCCCAAGGAGCACGUGUGCCGUCGCGGCUUGGGUCAGUUACGGCGAGUUUGUUGGGUUUGAUGCAAUGCCAUCGAACCUCGGAAAUAUCCUUGAGCUUAUGGUGAUCAAAUAUGCAGCGAUAUAUGGAGAGUACCAUCGUCGGACUAUACACAUAUUGCUGAUUUACUCGACCUACCUCACCUACCGUGAUAGAGCAAACGGAAGGAACUCUUAUUUCAACGAGGAGAUAAUCGGAUUAUUCGAGGACAUCAUGCGUCGAGGGCCCCAGGGCGCUCUGAGAGCCGAUGCCCUCAGCUGGCUUGCCAGGGCGUGCAGGGCACGCGGGGAACGGAGCUAUGCUGAGGCAUAUAUGCGUCAACUGAUUUACUUCUCGCUCCAAGAUGCUGCCUACAGAGAUUCGUCAGCGAGGACUUACAUGGAUGACCUGGAAUCGUGGUUUGUCGAGUGGGGCGAGACCGAGAAGGCUGCAGAGCUGGCGAGAUGGCGGGAAGAGGAGCUAGGUGCCGAAGUCACUACAAAACUCGAAUGCAUUACGGGUAAUUAG